GAAAUACUGAGGUACUUUUCAAUAUUUAUUGAUGUAAAUAAUUACUCCAAUUCAUUUCUAAUUAAAAUAUUCGAUGAGGGAUAUUAAUUCUUUUCAAAAAUUAAUUUUAGAUCGGACCUGUAAAAAAAAUAUAUAUAGUUUCCUUAAAAUUGAAUUAUUAGUUCGGCUUAUCAGAUAUUCUAUAAAGUUAUCAAAAAUAUUCGUCUGGGAAUGUAAAGAUAUUUUUCAGUCUAUUUUACUGAUUUUUGGAGAAAAAUGAUGGCAACGUUGGCAGUCUGAAAAAGUAUAUGUCAAACGAAUGUCAAAACAAUAUCAAAUUACCUGUUUGUUGUCAAAAAUGCAGGCUUAAAGUUCUGUUUCCAUUGCCUCUUCUUCAAUUCCUGCUGUAAAAUAUAUAUUCAUUUUGAGAAAUCCGAGAAGAUACUUCAUUGAACAACAAUAAAAUAUGGCAGGACCACCACAUCAUUAUAUGACAAAUCUAAAUAAUGCCCAGCCUAAUCCCUUGAGAAACCCAUUUGUUCAAAGCCCUAUGCAAAAUCAAAUGAACCCUGGCAUGCCUAUGCAAAUGGCAAAUACUAUGGGUGCUCAAAUGACCCAAGGAAUGAUGUCUCCAAUGUCUUCUUCUCUUGGUAAUCAAAUGAAUCCUGGAAUGACUGGAGGUAAUCAAAUGUUAGGUCAACUGAAUCAACAAUAUAAUAUGAAUGCUGGAAAUCAAAUGGCACAACCCCCAAAUAAUCUACAAAUGGGGAACGGAGGAAUGGAAUUUCCCAACAUGCAUGCUGUCCAACAGCCCCAACAACCAACACUACAACAAAAUCCAGGAGUAGCUGCUACACCUCCUGUAGCACAACAACAACAACAACAAUCGAAAGAGUUCAAUACUGCUUCCCUGUGUCGCAUUGGGCAAGAAACGGUGCAGGAUAUAGUUAGUAGAACACAGGAAGUUUUCCAGACUUUAAAAGCUAUGCAGCCACCAAAUGGUAUCCCAUCUUCAACGAAUACAAGCAAUGAGAAGAAACAAAAAGUACAAGAACAACUACGUACAAUACGUGUCCUGUUCAAACGUCUUCGUCUGAUAUUUGAAAGGUGCAACGAGAACUGUCAGAUACAGGGAAUGGAAUAUACCCAUAUUGAGAGUUUGAUCCCAUUCAAGGAUGAAAUGGAUCCCAAACAUGACGAGAAGAAAAACACUGAAGCAUAUAGACUGGCAUGUCUUGAAAGUAAAGAAGUGAUGGAGCAAGUCGUCUUGAAAAAUAAGCAGCUGAAAGAAGUUAUAGAUCAGUUACGUAGAAUUAUAUGGGAAAUUAACACCAUGCUGACAAUGAGAAGGUCAUAAGUUGAUUUUUUGUUGUUGGAUGGUGUUGUGUUUCCUAUUUAGUAUUGAAUUUAUUUAUGAGAAUUGUUGAAAUAUUUUUGAGAUGAAAAUAUAUCUUUUAUGGUAUAGAGGAUUCCUAAGUUAUAGUAGAAUAAGUGUGGUGUAAAUUUGUGAUAUCAAUAGAGUAGUAAGAAUUAUUGAUGUCUUCUGAUACUGUCUAAUUUGUUGUAACUAAUUUUUCUCUUUCUUCUUAUCUUGUUUCUUUUCUCAUUCUUGUUAUACAUUGAUAACGAUGAUUUUGUAAUGUUUCAAAUAAUAAAAACAAGCAUUUAUAUUUUUUUA